CCCCCCCCCCCCCCCCCCCCCCCCCCCCGCCGCAGCCCCGUCCGCGCCGAGGAGAUCAGCCCUGCGGGAAGCUCUCGGCUCACCUCGGCUCCCGACGCCGCCGCCUCGCCGCCCAGCAGCCGCUGACCGCCGCAGGAUGGUCCGCAGCACCUUCGCCCCGUGGGCCGUAGCCCUGCUGCUCGCCCUCCUCAGCCCGGAGGCUCAGGGCCAGGAGUGCAGCGGGCAGUGCCAGUGCGGAACGGGGCCGAGCCCCACCUGCCCCGCCGGCGUCUCGCUGGUGCUCGACGGCUGCGGCUGCUGCCGCGUGUGUGCCAAGCAGCUGGGCGAGCUCUGCACCGAGCGCGACCCCUGCGACCACCACAAGGGGCUCUUCUGCGAUUUCGGUUCCCCCGCCAACCGCAGGAUCGGCGUCUGCACCGCUCGGGACGGCGCCCCGUGCGUGUUCAGCGGCAUGGUGUACCGCAGCGGAGAGUCCUUCCAGAGCAGCUGCAAGUACCAGUGCACCUGCCUGGACGGCGCGGUGGGCUGCGUGCCCCUGUGCGGCAUGGACGUGCGCCUGCCCAGCCCCGACUGCCCCCACCCGCGCCGGGUGAAGCUCCCUGGAAAGUGCUGCGAGGAGUGGGUCUGCGAUGAGGCCAAGGAGCAGACUGCCGUGGGACCUGCGCUUGCCGCUUACAGGCUGGAAGACACUUAUGGUCCAGACCCAACAAUGAUGCGUGCCAACUGCCUGGUGCAGACCACGGAAUGGAGUGCUUGCUCCAAGACCUGUGGCAUGGGUAUCUCUACCAGGGUCACCAAUGAUAAUGCCUUCUGCAGACUGGAGAAACAGAGUAGACUCUGCAUGGUCAGACCUUGUGAAGCAGACCUGGAGGAGAACAUCAAGAAAGGCAAAAAGUGCAUUCGCACCCCCAAAAUCUCCAAGCCCGUCAAGUUUGAGCUGUCUGGCUGCACCAGCGUGAAGACCUACAGAGCUAAGUUCUGUGGUGUUUGCACUGACGGGCGCUGCUGCACACCCCACAGAACAGCCACCCUCCCCGUGGAGUUCAAGUGCCCUGAUGGGGAGAUCAUGAAAAGGAAAAUGAUGUUCAUCAAGACCUGCGCGUGCCACUACAACUGCCCUGGAGACAAUGACAUCUUUGAGUCUCUGUACUACAGAAAGAUGUAUGGAGACAUGGCGUAAAGCCAGAAGGAGACGCUAAGUACAUUCUCAACUUGAACUGAUUUGCAUCUCAUUUUGUAAACAUGAUUCAAUAGCACAAGGUAUUUAAAUCAGUUUUAUUUUUAAUUUCAACAAACUGCUCCGUGUGACUUAAGGCAAUUUUUCUACUGACCCCAAAUGGUGGUUUGAAGAAGAACGUAAAACGGACAGUGGGACCACAGCAAGACACAGCUUCAGAACAUGUUGUUCCUGAGGUGGUGUGGUGGGGUUAAGGGAAACAGGCAGGAAAAGCAGAUUCAAGCAAAUGUUCCCUUAAUGUGGUACAGUGUGCUUCAUCUAGUAGUGCAAUUGAGAAGAGACCAUUAGCAUGUUUGCUGGUGCUUGGCUUAGAGACAGCAACAGCUGGAAUGCAAACACCCAGCAAAGUGCUAAGCAGAAGGUGUUCUGUUAGUCAGGACAGUAAUGUUUCAGCUCUGACACACUGAUUCAGAUGGCUUGGCCAACAAGAAUCAGAAUCAUGUCGAUUAGACUGGACAGCUUGUGGCAGUUAAUUUACCUGCAACAAGCUACUUUUUAUGAAUAGUGUAAAUACUGUGUGUAUAUAUAUUUGUACAGUUAUCUAAAUUAAUUUAAAGUUUUGUGCUUUUGUUUAAUGCUUUGAAAGUUCAAUGAUAGCCUUCUUUUUUGGAACAAGAUAGGUAAGAUUUAAAGCUUGUUUGACAAUGCAUUCAAAGCAUGAAAUAGAUACUCUAGUGGAAAUUGUUCAGAUAGGGCCAAAUGGUGAGUCGAGAUCAAGACAAAGCUGAGGUGCCAGUAAUGUUACAAAGCAUUUAUCUGGCAAUAUAUGUUUACUUACUACGUUAUAAGACAAGUGGCUUUCAGAGAAAUGACUGUUCUAUAGCUCAUCAGUCUUUCCACUUGAGCAUUUGUUUCUUUCUUUGACUAUGGCUCUUUUUGGACAGUUUAUUUGUUGAGAAGUGUGACCAAAAGUUACAUGUUUGCACCUUUUUA